AUGUCCGACACCACCAAACCCGCUGCCCCCAGCCAGGCAGUCGAUGACAAGGACAAGGGGGUGCCGGCCCCGGCGCCCGUCGCAGACCCCAUCCCCGUGUCCAACAGCAAAGGAGAAGACUCUGCACUGGAAGGCUUCAGGAUCGUCGUCUUCGAGCAAGAGAACUUCCAGGGCAAGAAGAUGGAGUUCACGGCCGAGUGCCUGAACCUGGGCGAGCGCGGCUUCGACCGGGUGCGCAGCGUCAUCAUCAACUCUGGACCCUGGGUGGCCUUCGAACAAGCCAAUCUGCGCGGGGAGAUGUUCAUCUUGGAGAAGGGCGAGUACCCUCGCUGGGACACCUGGUCCAGCAGCUACCGCAGCGACUGCUUCAUGUCCAUGCGCCCCAUCAAGAUGGAGGCCGAGGACCAUAAAAUCACCCUGUUCGAGUCCGCCGACUUCAAGGGCAACAAGAUGGAGAUCCAGGAGGACGACGUGCCCAGCCUGUGGGCCCACGGCUUCUGCGACCGCGUGGGCAGCGUCAAGGUGUCCAGUGGAACCUGGGUCGGGUACCAGUACCCUGGCUACAGGGGCUACCAGUACCUCUUCGAGCGCGGGGACUUCCGGCACUGGAACGAGUGGUCUGCCUUCCAGCCCCAGAUCCAGUCCAUCCGCCGCAUCAGGGACCUGCACUGGGACCGGAAGGGCACCUACGACACCCCCGAGGCCCCCUCCAACUGA